UUAUCAGUAUCCUGGGUUUUGGAAGUAAAUCAGGGGCAGGUUAUACAUUGAUGGCAAGGUAAGGGGCGGGAAGACUAAUGUGGGAUAGGUUUAUAAUUAACCCCACACCUAAAGGAAGGGUAGUGGACCUGGUGGCAGAGGCUGUGUGUCACACAGUGAGGGAGGCAAGAUGUCAACUGUCCCAAGUAUCACUACAGAUGCACCUAAAGGCAAUUCCAUCCCCAUCAACAACCCGGCUGAUAUCUCUGUGAUUGUGGUAUAUUUUGUGGUAGUGCUGGCUGUGGGAAUAUGGGCUAUGGUAAGGACAAGCCGUGGUACAGUUGGAGGUUUCUUUCUGGCUGGGCGUAGUAUGGUGUGGUGGCCGAUUGGAGCAUCUCUUUUUGCCAGUAACAUUGGAAGCGGUCACUUUGUUGGCUUGGCAGGCACAGCAGCAGCUGGUGGGAUUGUCAUUGGAGGCUUCGAAUGGAAUGCUCUGGUUGUUGUGGUCAUUCUGGGAUGGAUCUUUGUACCGAUCUACGUAAAAGCAGGGGUAGUGACUAUGCCAGAGUACCUUCGAAAGCGUUUUGGCGGGGAUCGGAUUCGAAUUUACCUCUCAAUUCUUUCCCUUCUUCUUUAUGUGUUUACCAAAAUCUCUGCGGACAUGUUCUCAGGAGCCAUCUUCAUCCAACAAGCUAUGAAGAUCAACAUCUAUAUAGCUAUUGUAAUGUUGCUGCUGAUCACAGCUAUAUACACUGUUACAGGUGGUCUGGCUGCUGUCAUAUACACAGAUACUCUACAAACCAUCAUCAUGAUUGUGGGAUCAUUCAUACUUAUGGGCUUUGCUUUUAAUGAAGUUGGAGGAUAUGAGGCAUUUAUGGACAAAUAUAUGAAAGCCAUUCCUAAAGACGUAUGGUAUGAUAAUGUAACUAAGGUUGAUGCAAAAUGCUACACCCCAAGAGAAGAUGCAUUCCACAUUUUCCGAGAUCCCAUAAAUGGAGACAUGCCAUGGCCUGGUCUUAUCUUUGGUCUGACCAUCUUGGCUGUUUGGUACUGGUGCACAGAUCAGGUUAUCGUUCAGCGAUGCCUCUCUGCCAAAAACAUGUCCCACGUGAAGGCUGGCUGCAUCCUGUGUGGAUAUCUUAAGCUGCUGCCCAUGUUUUUGAUGGUGUUUCCAGGGAUGAUCAGCCGCAUUUUGUACACAGAGCAAGUUGCUUGUGUCCUACCAGAAAAGUGUAAAGAAUAUUGUGAUACAGAAGUUGGAUGUACCAAUAUCGCUUACCCAAAAAUUGUGAUUGACUUGAUGCCAGAUGGACUUCGAGGUUUGAUGUUAUCAGUGAUGUUGGCAUCUCUUAUGAGUUCCUUAACAUCCAUCUUCAACAGUGCCAGUACCCUGUUUACUAUGGACAUUUACACCAAGAUCCGUAAGAAGGCAUCAGAGAAAGAGCUGAUGAUAGUGGGGAGGAUCUUCAUCUUGUUCCUGAUUGGAGUGAGCAUUGCCUGGGUUCCUAUCCUGCAGUCGGCACAAAGUGGACAAUUGUUUGAUUACAUACAGUCCAUCACUAGUUACCUAGGACCACCUAUUGCCUCUGUCUUCUUUCUGGGUAUCUUUGUGAAGAGAGUUAAUGAGCCGGGAGCUUUUUGGGGACUAAUAAUUGGACUAUUAAUUGGCUUGUCACGAAUGAUCACAGAGUUUGCUUAUGGCACUGGAAGUUGUGUGAAUCCCAGCAACUGCCCAAAAAUAAUUUGUGGUGUUCACUAUCUAUAUUUUGCAAUCAUCUUGUUUGGAGUAACCACCAUCAUUGUAUUGGCAGUGUCCUUCAUGACUAAGCCCAUCGCCGACAAACAUCUUCACCGAUUGUGUUGGGUCUUAAGAAAUAGUAAAGAGGAGAGAGAAGACCUGGAUGCUAAUGACUGGGUUAAUGAAGAGGCUGAAGACGAUGACUUUGAUGAAAAUAAAAAACAAAAUUGCUUUCGUAAGGCCUAUAACUGGUUCUGUGGUUUUGAGGACAAGAAAGCUCCAAAACUGAGCGAAGAGGAGAAAAAAGCUCUGGAAUCAAAGAUGACAGACACCUCAGAAGUGCCUCUCUGGAAGAAUGUGGUCAAUAUCAAUGGCAUCAUCCUGUUGGCUGUGGCUGUUUUCUGCCAUGGCUACUUUGCAUAGAAAUAAUGUGGUGUUAAUAGACAAUUCAGCCACUUCCACCUCAGAUCAAAGAUGAAACGGUUGGUUCUAUGAAAUUUUAUUUUUUCAUAUGAGAACCAAAAAUUGGAUGUUAAGUGAUUUACCAGUAAAAUAUACUGUGGGUAACAUCAUGCCCAUGUACCCCUACAAGCAUUAUACAUUAUGCAUCAGGGUAAAGGAAAGGUUCUAGACAUGAUGCAGGUAAUGAACUGUAUGAAUUGCAUUGACCUGUAACACAUAGGUCAUGCAGAAAAACAUUAAAAUUUUGCUCAUUGAGCUAUAUUACCAGCAGUUGAAAACAAUGGCUAUAAUUAUGCCCCUACUUUCUAUGUAAAUGAUUAUUGUAUUUUAAUAA